UUUGUUCAAUUUCACCCAACUAGUUUUAAUACCCCUUCUACACGGUGUUCUACUAUUGUUGAUAGUUUAUGACUUCGAACGUCAAAAUACUAAGUUCAGCCAAUCAAUGCAAACGUGUCUUGAAUCCCUCCUGGACUCGCAUACUAAUUAUAUAUUUAGAUAGGCGUUGUUUGGGUCUUUCUCAGUUGGUUUAAGGAAGAGCGAUAACCGAUAGAAAAUGUCAUCCCCAGUAAAAUACGCAACGAAGGGACAAACUGUUACAUCCGAGAAAACUGUAACAGAAACAAUUACAAGACAAACGAAUAGUGCUUCAAAAUCGGGCAGUUCUUUCUUAAACUCAUCUCAAACAACGGCGACGGAUGAUGACCUCGGUUACAACUCCUUAUACGUCCCAUCGAUGUCGCCUCGGAAAAUUGUAAUAAACCGCGAACGGUCAAGAUCCUUGGGAUCCCUCGAACACCUCAACUUCGGAGACGAGACAUCAAGGGACGUCGGUUUGAACUACGUUGAAAUUAACAUCGAUGAGGUUAAAACCACAAGAAACCAUGAAAAGAAGGAAAUGCAAGAGUUGAACUCGCGACUUGCGAGCUUCAUUGAUAAAAUCGCUUUCCUUGAAGCUAAAAAUAAAAUUCUGAGUGAUCGGAUUGAUUUCGACCUAAAGAAGUUUAAAGAAGAUUGGAGCACGAAUGCGGUAAUUCAGAAAAUCGAGGCAGAACUCAGACAAGCUCGGAUACUCCAUGAUGAUGUCAACGUUGAAAAUGGAAGAUUGAAAAUAACAAUAAGGAGUCUAGAGGAACAGAUCGACAAACUUCAAGAAGAGAAUGGCAAAUUGGAAACUGCUUACCAAAACUCAAAACAAGACAUUGAUCGUCAAAUGCAAGUUGUAAGCGACUUUGAGGCCGAGAAUAAUCUCCUUCGCAAGAAUGGCAAUGCGAAAGACGCCGAGAGCAAGAAAGACAAGGCUGAAAUCAAACGUCUCCAGGAGAAACUGAAGGAAAGGGGAGAUACCCUCAACCGUGAGAACCUCAACCUGGUUAAGUCGGAGAAUAAACGCCACACAGUCGAGGAGGAAUUCGAGUACUUCAAACAUCUUCAUGAACAACGACUCAACGACUUGGAAGAUCUUCUGACAAGGGACCGCCAAAAGGAAGAGGAUAUAUGGAGCAAGAAGAUGGAGCAAGGCCUCAAGAAGAUUCAGGAGUCCUACGAUGAACAGAUUGAAAUCACCAAGACGGCAUAUAGUUUAAAGAACACCCAGUUAGAAAAUGACAUCAACCAGUACAAACGACGCUACCAAGAGAGCGUUACUGAGUGGGAAUCGCAAAACAAUCAACCAAACCAGGAGAUUAAGCAAUUAAGAGAGGAGAUGAGAGCAAUGAAGAUUAAGUUUGACGAGACCAAGGAUGUCAAUCUCUCAUUGAAUGUUGAAAUUGCGGCGUAUAGAAAGCUCCUAGAGGGGGCCCACGACUCAGUUGGUUUAAAGCAGGCAAUAGAGGCAUUGCUUCGCCAGUACAGCAAGAAACAGGAAAUCCAAGAGACUGAACAGGAUUUGAUGGAACAAGAAAGAGAUCGCAUUAGCAAGGGAGAGAUGUGGGCUAAAUUUAGAUAUCAGAAGAAAGCCAAUGGUCCAAUCGGAAUCUGUGAGUGUUCGGAAGAUGCCACCUAUAUUGUCUUAGAAAAUACACAGAGCAAGGACGAAGACCUCACUGGUUGGAGUAUAAAACGUUUGCUUGAGAACACUAACGAAAAAGUCGAAUAUACAUUUCCAAAGGGAGCAAAGGUCAAAGGAAAUAGCAAAAUCAAGGUGUGGGCAAGUGACCACAAGCCGUCUGAUCAAUCUGACGACUACGAAAUGCCGCAUGAGCAGAGUUGGAGACAAGGGCUCAGUGUGUCCACAUCCUUGGAAAAUCCAAAUAAAGAGGAGAAGGCGACCCAUGUGAAACGGUCAGUGUACAAUACAACAUAA